UCACACGCCGGUAAAUCCGAAACUGUUUCCCGCGAGAUAGACGAGUAGAAAAACUACAAGAAAACAAUAUUUUUUUAAGCUAGCGUAUACGACAAAAUUUAGCUAUAUUCCAUCUAUAUUUCCAGAUAUAUGCAUGCUUCAAUGUAACUUUUAACGCUGAAGUUAUUAGUGACCGGUCUGCUGUAUAAGCAUCCUGAGGGUUUAUUAACACACACAUAAAGAGGUUAGUACCAUGGACAGAGAGUGUGUGUCGCUGCUGCCCCGGGUCUGUGAGGUGCUUGUGGACUCAGGGAAGUCUCUGCCCGAUGACACCAGCCUGGAGAAACUGCUGGACUGGUUCACAGGGCUCGGCGAGUCUGGGGGAUCUCUUCUGGAGGCUCACCCAUGUCUGCUUGAAUUCAUAUCCACUGUGGUUUACAAAACAUCAUCAGACCCUGGUGUCAUCUCCUUCACUCUCAAACUCUCCGGCUUAAUAGCUGCCACUGAGGAUGGCUUCAGAAUGCUUCAGGAGUGCUCUGUUCUGGACCUUGCCUUUAACCAUCAGCGCUGGCAUGAAGCAGGGUUUUGGGAGGAUCCCUGUGUACGGAUUGGCUGGAUCCAGGGUUUAAGGAGCAUGUUGCAGCACUCAAAGGCUCUCAGUUUCUUUGUGCAAGCAGAUUUCAUUUCGCUGCUCCUAAAACUCCAGACAGACCCAAGUCUAUUUGUUGCCUCAGCUGCCAGUCAAAUGCUCGCCCACACCCUGAUCUUCUUUCAGACAGUGUGGUCUACAGGAUGUACCAGUGUAGAUAAGAAAAAUGGUGAUGACAAGAGGACGCAGGCCUCCAUCGCAGACAUAGAGCAACCAGGCGUCACCAUGGAUUCCAGCCAAGACUACACUUCUGUUGUCACGGCAAUCUCAGAGUACCUCAAGGAGUCAUUAGUUCCCAAAGAACACACACAGCUCCAUCAGAGUCUGCAGAUCCUCAAACUGCUGGCCCUGCUUCUGGCCCAGGCCAGACCUCGGCUCCGGGACGAGCUGCUCCGAGCAGUUGCAGACUCUCUGGAGGAACUGGUGACAGCAGGUCACAGUCAGCUCACACUGCCACUGAUGGACAUCAUUCUGGCUGCGUACAGCUCCAGCACUGAUGGAUGUGUCCCAGACCAACACGUCACCCAUCUUCUGUCAUCCAUGUUGAACAUGAACAACCCCACUGACCUCAUUCAUGCUGCAGCUGCUUUUCUCCGCAGAGGUCCUCAGGACACUGUCCACACAGCCCGGGCUGUGAGAAUACUACUCCUGCCCCUUGAUGUUAUAACUGGUCAGACCCUACUGGACACAAACACUGCAGUAGAAGAGCAUCAGUUUUCAAUAGUAGAGCAGCUGAAGACUAAAACCUCCUGCAUCUCCAUGAUCUGUGUCUGUCUGGCAAACUCACCACAGAUCACACUCAUGCCUCCUGACUUACUCCCUUGUCCUCCAGUUUUAAUUGUCACUGCAGUUCUGUCAUUGUUAAGGAUCUGCGGUGGCGACUCUUGCUCCUCGUCCACCGGCUGUACUGAGGUUUUCAGGAAUGUAAUCGGCAGUGGCAAAGUUCAGAAAUCUGCCCUAGAGGCUCUGACGGGUCUCAGCAGCACCCCAGGAGUGAAAGACGAGCUGACUGAGGUUUUCACAGUUCUGAUACAAUAUCUGAACAAUCCUGACUCUGACCCCACUGUACUACACAAGUCCUACCAGGCCUUAGUAAAGUGGAUGACUGUGUGUAAAGACCUCUCCUCUUUAACAGACAAGCUCAGACAAGACCUCAUCGAGGUAGUGAAGAAACGCGUGUGUGACAUGCGUUGGGAGGUGAGAGACUCAACUGUGGAGUUUCUGGGAAAACUGGCAGGUGUCCUGAAAUCAGCCGAGGAGGUGUGUGAUGUGUCUGAGGGUUUGCUUGGCGGCUGCUGUAGCCUUCCUCUCCUCAGGGAGGCACUGCAGGAUCCAGAGAGUUAUGUGAGAGCCACUGCCAUCUCCGCACUGGCACAGACACUAGCACACAACUGGCAGCAGGGGGCAGCACUCACACAGGAGCAGACUGACAUAGUGAGCCGGCUGCUUGAAAUUCUCUCCCAGGACACCGAGGGAUUCGCCAGGAGGGCGGCUGUUCGAUACUUCAUCGCCUGGUUUUCUUCACGCCCCUCACACACAUCUGCCUCCCCCUCCUUCGAUCUCCUGAUGAGCUCUGUGGGCUCAGUCCUCUCUAUGGGCAGCGCUGAUCUGGACUGGGAAGUCAAAGUUCACACUCUGGAGCUGGCGGAGCUACUGCUGGAUGAAGCCUUUUCAGGUCACCGGGCCUACAGGAAGGGCGGAGACACGCAUCAUGGCCCAGUACACCCGUACUGGGUGGUUUCUGAUCGGACUUACACGCCUCACACACACACUGGCACACACACAGAGGGUGUGGAUUCAGAUUUGGCUGAUGUGCUGGACAAUCUGGUCAAGCAGGGAGUCAUCUCAGCAUUGUUGAGUGGUCUGGCUGACUGUGAUAGACCUGUGGGGCUGAAGGCCUGUCAACUCCUGAUUACACUCAGAGAAACAGUCUGCUCUCCGUCGCUAGAGGCACUGGAUGCAACUUCUGCCAUGGCAACAGUUGCUAGGGUGUCCUGUGAACUGCCUGGAUGGGGCUGGGGGCGGGAGAUCAGAAAAAUACUGGGGAUGAAGAAGUGUGAUCGGGCUAAAGAGGCCGACAUCGCUGCUCAGGGACAUUUCAAUGGAGCAGAUGUGGCUGAUUCUGAACACUGCGGUGAGGUGGGAAUGGAAGGAGUAGGCGAUGGCGAGGACAGCGUGUGCGUUGGUGUGUGUGAGGUGUUGAGGUCUCUGGGUUUAGACGCGAAGCUCGACAUACUGAUUCAAAGCAGUGACCACGUCCAUAACUCUCCCCUCUCUCUCCUGCAAGACAUACUGACUGGGAGUGCUGCACUCACACAAGACACACAACCAGGAGAAGAGGUCAUAGUGGACUGUUACUAACACACACACACUGCCUUAUGUUGGUUUGUUAUCAGUGAUGAACACACUCUUAACUCAGGCUACGAGGCCUUAUCGUUGCUGUGAUAUUUUGGUUACUUGAGUCAAGUUUUGAGAAUUUCUUAACAUUUAAUAUUACAAUUCAGUUAAAUAGGAAGCAGGGAGUUGUUGACCUUUCUUGGCUUUCUCAUUUUGUGGUAUUGAAUCUAUUGAUUUUUAAUAUAUAUUGAUACAGUGCGGUUAUAUUUGUCUUUAUGUCCAGCAGGGGGCAGUCACAAUUCACCAACAGAGUUCUGCACAGGCCUAAAACUGAGACCUGACUGGGUCUGAACCCAUGUCUUUACAACCCAACCUGACUGAACCCAGAAUCUAUAUUUUUGCUUUAUUUCAUCCAUUUCUCAGUAUUAGUUUAAAGCGAUUCAGCUCUAGCUAUUGUGAAACCCACUGGGCAUCCACACAAUGACACCUCGUCUACAGUGGCCACGUAGAAAAAGCAACACGUUAGAAGUGAAGAACCAGUAGCUUCAUCCCUGAACGUAGAAAGCUGCGUUGAUUAAAAGUGAUCAAGCACAGUUGAAAUGCGGCCUGUGUACGGGCAGCAGAACUCACCAAACUCAAAUCUAUUAUGUCUACUGAGGUCUGUACCCUUGUCCAGCAAAU